AUGCGGGAAUCGACUCUGAACCUACAAAAACAAGAGCAGAGCCCUGGCCUAGAGCCUGUUGAUGACCUAGUUGUUCCCUCUGUGGACACUUCAUUUGAAAUUGUUCCAGUUCAAGACUUGAUGAAUGGUUUGCAAUGGGCAGGUUCAUUCAAAGAGAGUGGAAGGGGUGGGAGUGAAUCUGAGAACAUGAGCUCGUGGCAUGUAAGGAUAAUGGUCAUUCCCCACCAUUCCCUGAAGCAGCUUCAAACAACAGCAGAGCUUUCACAGAUUGAGUAUGACAGCUCAUUGUAUGGGAUGCUCUUGGGACAUACCUCCAAUGCAAAGAACUGUGGAACAGGGACUUUUAAGAUUGCUUGGAAGGAUAUUUUGGAGGUCCCCAACGGUGGUAACAUUGUGCCAGCAUGUUUACAGGGUCCAGUGUGUUACAAAUGCCCAUUUGUGAAGGGAUCGGAGGACAAAAUUGAACCCACCUCAUCUGGCACAUACAAAAGGUUCCCAAAGGUUAUGGAGAUGAAGGUGAUUGAGAAGGAGGUGAUGUGUUCUCUCUGGUGCAAUGCAAUCUUAAAGUUUUCCUAUAUCUGGAUGCUGUUUGUAUGGCACAUCCAAUAUGACAAACUUUAUUGGAAGGUUUUCAUCUCUGACUUCCAGGGAGUGGGCCUGGUUUUGACAGAUUCACAGGUUAUGAUGAGUCCUGAAUUGGGUGACAAUGACAUGUUUGGGGAGGGCAACUUGCUCAAGGCUUUCAGUCACUUUCCAAAUGAUCACAAAUGUAACAAGUGGUGUGAUUGGUUUGGCUUAAAAGAGCUAGGAGAAGAACUACAUUGCACUGGAGGUGAAGGAGGCACAGAAUAA